CUGUCAUGCACUGCGCCACAGACCCGAGUGUGCCUCGCCAGCGCCAGCGAAGCAAUUUUCUUCAGAUGUCGUGUCGCCUAGUUCAUCCCAAAUUCAUCAACAAGCGAUCACAGUCCAGGUGUCUCCAAGUUAUUCGGGGAUUGACUGGCGACGAAUAUUCUGUCUGGGGAGGUCGAGCUCUCGACUCUUUUGGACCGGGCUGCUGUAGCCUCACACGGGAGCGAACACUCACAGGAGGAGCUCGCAACACCUCGUAUCAAUACGGACGGGCCGUGACAACGCAUUUGACGUUCAACUGCCACUCGUAUGAUUUCCCUUGCACGUUAUGGAUCCAUUAUCGGCAUUGUCGGUCGCAGGAACCAUUAUCCAGUUCGUCGAUUUUGGAAUGAAAAUGCUGUCUAGCAGUGUGGAGCUCUACACAUCUACCCAGGGGUCACUGAAGGUCAGCGAGGAACUAAAACUCGCGACUGGAGAUCUGCAAGCUGUACUCGUAAAGCUUCGCGCGGACGCGGGUCCAGAAAACUCUAUUCCACCGGCUUCAAGCCUGAAAUCACAAGCAGAAAUUGAUGAGUACCGAGACAGCUAUCUCGAAAUUUGCAACAACGCUUCGUUGAUUGCCGGAGAGUUAUUGCGCAAACUUAGUGAUUUGAAAGUGAAAGAUGGAAAGCAUCGUGUGUGUCAAACCCUCAGGGCUACAAUAAGGACCGCAUGGUCGAAGAAAGAAAUUUUGGCAUUAAGGGAAAGGUUAUCAACUCUUAGUGCGUCUUUGACGCCACGAUUAUUGCUCAGGAUGGGUCGAUUCGACGCUUUGGACACGCAGACGAAACGAAUUCUCGAGGCCAUCCUCAGCACAAAUGAAAGCUUGUCCCAGGAGCUUGUCAAGUCUCUAGCAUCGCUGAUAUGUCGAUCGGAAUGCAUCAGUGAGGAUGCGCACCACAAAACUCGUCAAAUGAUUGCAGAUUUGAGAAAAGAUAUCACUUCCGAAGCUACCAUGGACGUUAUUACAGCUAGAGUCGAAAUGCUGAAUGUCAGGCCUGAAAAGGAAUCUCUGCUACGGGGCGUCGUGAAUAGAACAAUUCUCGAGCAAUUAUCCUACCCUCACAUGACAAAUCGGUACGAGGAAAUAGAAGAGGCGCACUUUAAAACAUUUGACUGGAUAUUUUGUGGUGCAGAGCAAUCGGAUCCGCCAUGGAAUAACUUCGCGGAAUGGCUAAGACAGGAUGCUAAUAUAUACUGGAUCAAUGGCAAAGCAGGUUCUGGAAAGUCCACCUUGAUGAAACACAUUUAUGACAGCCGCCACACGGCCGAGUACCUUCGGGAGUGGGAUCACAAGAGACUAUCUACCACCAGUCAGUGUUGCAUUUCAACCUUUUUCUUUUGGAACAGCGGCACAGACAUGCAGAAAAGCCAGCAAGGACUUCUUCGAUCGCUAUUGUUCCAAGUCCUUGAUCAUAAUCCCAAUAUUAUCCCUCUUGUUCUCCCUGUACAAUGGGCAGAAAAUUAUAACAAACCACCGACUCUUGAGCACCAAAUCAAAACAAAAAUUUGGUCGCUUCGAGAGCUUCAUAAAGCAUUUGAGAGGCUUGUUGAGCAACAACAAUAUCAAAUGAGCUUGUGCUUCUUUGUGGAUGGCCUUGACGAGUUUAGCGGAGACACCGAACAGCUUUGCUUGCUUUUCAGAAGACUAGAGAAGAGAUCGGGGACGGCAAAAUUCUGCCUCUCAAGCCGACCUUGGGUAGUAUUCCAGGAAAAUCUCGGGCAUUGCCCUAAACUUCAAUUGCAAGAUCUCACAUUCAAGGACAUCGAGAUUUAUGUUAGAGCCAAACUCCAGGGUAGUCAAGCUUUCAUGAGGUUAGCAAAUCGAGAUCCACAGCUUCUUGAAUCUCUGAAAGUCGAGAUCAUGGAAAAGGCACAGGGGGUAUUUCUCUGGGUCGAGGUGGUCAUCAAGCAGCUUUUGCGAGGUGCCAACAAUCGGGAUUCCAUUGCCCAACUUUGGACACGGUUAAGGUCAUUUCCAGGGGAGCUUUACCCCCUGUACAAAACCUUAUUGACGCAGAUAGAACCUGUUUAUUUUGAAUGGGCAUCAAAAACAUUCCAGAUAAUGAGAAGGACGAGACAACUGGAGCUUGAUCCCUUCCAAAAGACAUCCAUAACAACAACCUCGAAAUUUCCAGACUUUCUGGAAUCUCAACAGGCUCCUCCAAGCGUCAGUGCGCUUCCUCUGACUGUGGUGUUUCUCUUGGCUGCUCUAUGUGACGACGCAGAAUUAGAAGUUAUUCAAGAGAUGUCAAAAGAUGAAUUGGAAAUGAGGUGUGAGGAUACACGGAUCCACCUCACUGCACGCUGUGCCGGGCUUCUAGAAGUUUCCGUGCCGAAGGGCCCUACCACGAUCUCUCAAGGCUCCACGAUAGUCUAUAUGCACAGCACUGCUCGCGAUUUUCUAGAGCAAGAGUCUCAAUGGUCCAGGAUCAUCUCUUGUACCAAUCAAUCAAGAUUUUCACCAGAUCUCGCAAUGUUGAGAGCUUCAGUCACUAUGCUCAUGUCGAAAGGCUUCUCGCAAGUCAACACGUACACAGGGGAACUGUCCAGCAGUAUUGCGCUCCUUGGAAUGUCCCAGCACCAGAAGGUUUUUAAAAUAGGCUUCAAUAAGGAUCAUCUUCGAAUUGCAGAGGAUGUUGUCAUCUAUGCGCACCACGCUGAUGAUGAUGAUGAUGGAUCCAUCGAUGAUCAAAUAAAAUACCUUGAGGUUUACAAUACAUGGAGGGCAUGCUGGAUCCCGCAGUCGCCGCAUAUCACGGCGAACUUCAAGGAUAAUAAUUGGUUGCUAGGAUCCACAAUUCUCGGCCUGUCCGGGUACGUGAGGAGUAUCUUGGGUAAUAAGAUCAAAACAAGGCAGCCCGAGAUUUCGGGAGCUCUUUUGUACGCCCUUUGUAGCUCCGAACAUUUUGAGCCAUCUGUGCCAUUUCCAAAAGGCAAGAUGGUACGUGUGCUACUCGAGCUGAGCUCAGAUCAUGUGUACAGUUUACCGCACGCUCUGCCUAGACUUAAAGCGGGUCCUCGAUGGCCUGCCGCUUUUGGCGCUCUGGGAAACAUUCAAAAAUCUGGUUCCACAACAAUAAUCACACCACGCCUAGUGGAGAGCUAUGUUGCAGUGCUUGAGGCAUUCUUGGCAGCAGGUAUUGAUCCUACGAACAUCUCCGGCAAGGUUCCGACAGACUACCUACUAUCCCGCAAAAGUUUUGAACACGAUCUCUUUUGUGAACUUUCGUCAUUCAAAGGUAGUGUGACUGCUGGGGCUUUGUUCUAUCAUGCGGAAAUUGUGUUUAAUCGCUCUGUCCUUGCCCACGGGAUGAGCAGGAUAACUGGUAUUGCGGGUCAUUAUAAAAGCGAGACUUCGAGGAAAAGGAAACUCAUAGAUGAAUCAGAGGCAGGGGAGUCUUCCCGCCAAUCGGAAAAAGAAGGCGACGACAGUCAAGGUGUUGAAUCCGGUACAAAAGAUAAGAGGCUCAAACCCUUGGUGGAACAGGGUGUGGUAUCCGAGCUAUCGGGCAGCAAUGAUGUGAUUUUUUUUGGGAGAGACCUGUGCAUCGGGUAGUGUUUCCCCUCUUUGAAGCCUAGUAGGAAACAUUCAUUAUGGUAGCUCAAUUCAUUUUUUAAUGUAGCUAGUUUUCGUCCCUCUUUCAUUUGAAAAUACUUGGAGAUUGCACUUUGUCUGCAUUCUACCUCGACUCCUG